AUGGAUGAUGAGAUAAAGGUGAAUUCUGGAUUACAUACUGAUGACACAAUUAAUGUUCCUUGUGAUGGUCGAGUACAUAUAAACUUAGGUCGUCCUGAUGAAGACGAGGACAUUUAUCUCCUGCCAUCGAUUGCUCAGAUAAUCAAGCCACAUCAAAUCGGUGGCGUUCGCUUUCUGUAUGACACAGUUGUAGAAACUUUGGAUAAGUUUUGUUCCACCAUAGGAGCUGGUUGUAUCUUAGCUCAUUCAAUGGGGCUUGGUAAAACGCUACAGGUUAUAUCGUUAAUCGAAGUCCUCUACCGAUAUACAAAAAUAAAAAGUGUGGUCAUUGUGGUACCUUUAUGUGUAAUAAGCCAAUGGAGUGAAGAGUUUGACCGCUUCCUACCCGAACAACAACGGAAUUUUAAAGUAUUCUCGCAACAUGUCACAUUGAAUGACUGGAUUGAAACCGGUGGCGUACUAUUGAUAGGAUACGAUGCUCUUCGAAUUGCACUCAGUACAAACACAGAAGAACAUUUACGUGCUGCUAUUCAAAAAACGGAGUUAUUGAUAUGCGAUGAAGGACAUCGUCUAAAAAACCAACAGUCCAUCACAACUAAAACGUUAUCGUCAAUCCAAUGCCAAAGGAAAAUCAUUUUAACGGGUUACCCGUUUCAAAAUCAUCUUUUAGAAUAUUGGACAAUGGUUAAUUUCGUCAGACCAAAUUAUCUACCUGGACUGGAACAUUUCGUCAACAUUUUUAAGAAACCAAUAGAAAAAGGACAAUUUACUGAUUCCACCGAAGACGAAAUUCGUUUGAUGAACGAAAGAUGCAGAUUAUUGCAUUCCUUACUCGAACCGAUAAUUCAGCGAAGAUCAAAUGCCGUCCUACUCAAUCAAUUACCAACAAAAUUUGAUUGCACGAUAUUUAUCAAAAUGUCUGCAGUUCAGACUACACUCUACAACUCUUUAAUAGACGAAAGAAUGAAAAUGCCACUGCUAACAAGAGCCUCGUUUUGCAGGAAGAUAUUAAACCAUCCAGACCUUUUGUUGAAGAGUGACGCUGAAGACUGUGACGAUUUACAAGAGUUCAUUUACGGAGAAGAAAAUGAAAAGACAAUCGUCGAAAACAAUCAAGGAAAUCUUUGGUUCAAGAAGCACAUGACCAAUUACGACACAAAUAAUUUAGAGAAUUCACCGAAAAUCCAAAUUUUAUUGGCACUCAUUGCUAGUAUCAUAUCCUUCCGACCAGAUGAGAAGAUCAUAGUAUUCAGUCUGAGCACCGCCACUUUAGAUUUAAUUGAAUAUUUUGUUGGGAUUCAACUUAAGCUUGAAAAUGGUUGGCAAUAUUUACGUAAGAUAAUGCAACAUCCAACACAGCCAACAAAAACUCUAAAUUUAUUAUCUUUAGGAAUUGAUGGCAAAACAUCGAUCAAUACACGUAACUCUUUGAUAUCGGAAUACAAUGUCAAUCCUUUCAUCAAGUUAAUACUUUUAUCAACAAAGGCUUCAUCACUGGGAUUGAAUUUAACUGCAGCAACCAGAGUAGUAAUAUUCGAACCCAGUUGGAACCCCUGUGACGAUCAACAAGCAUCAUCAAGAGUGUUUAGAUUUGGCCAAACUAAGCCGACCUAUAUUUACCGUCUUGUAGUAGACCAUUCUUUUGAAUUAGCAAUUUUAUAUCGGCAAAAUAACAAGAUAUCCAUGUCGAACAGAUUGAUUGACAAUAUGCUUAAGAACAACAAGUUUACAAUUGAGACUCUUCGUUUGUUCAGAAAAACCAAAGACGUCGAAUGUAAUGAUUUGAAAAGCGAUCGCUUUUGCAAUGAUUUUGUGAUCCGUCGUAUUGUCGAUCAAUAUGCUAUCCUUUUAUCACAACCACCUACUUACGAUUGA